ACCACUCCGACUCUCCGCGUGAAGCCGCGGCAGCUGAGCCUCGGCAUUUCCCCCGCAUUUCGAGCCCCAACAACUCCAGUCUUCAAUCAGACGCCAGACGGGUGGAGGAGGGGAGAACGAUGAGUGUCAAGGCCCUGGUCGCUUGCCGAGCUGGUUUCCUCUUUACGGACCGGGGAAUAAGUGGCCCACGGCUAGCCGGGGUACUACGUAAACGACGUACAUAUACCGUACAUCAAGACCAGCCCUGGACAGACCUGGACUGACCUCAUCCAUCUUCCCACGCGCUGCUCUCAUCGACUAUAUUCCCAGGCUUCUCAUUCUUCUCUUCUUCUGUAUUAGAAUCUAUCUAUUAUCACCGUAGCAAAGCACAUCCCUCGCCAUGGCCCCCAAGAAGCGAUCGCCCGCCUACGUCGUGGGCGUGGGCAUGACAAAGUUCAUCAAGCCCCGUGGCAAGGUCGACUACACAGAGCUCGGGUUCGAGGCGGGCGUCAAGGCGCUGCUGGACGCGCAGAUCAACUACGACGACGUCGAGCAGGGCGUGGCCUGCUACUGCUACGGCGACUCGACCUGCGGCCAGCGCGUCUUCUACCAGUUUGGCAUGACGCAGAUCCCCAUCUACAACGUCAACAACAACUGCUCGACGGGCAGCACGGGCCUGGCCAUGGCGCGGCAGCUCGUCUCGAGCGGCGCCGCCGACUGCGUCAUGGUCGUCGGCUUUGAGAAGAUGAUGCCCGGCAGCCUGCAGAGCUUCUUCAACGACCGCGAGAACCCCGUCGGCACCACGCACCGCAUGAUGGCCGAGACGCGCGGCGUCACCAACGCCCCCGGCGCCGCCCAGAUGUUUGGCAACGCGGGUAUCGAGUACAUGGAGAAGUACGGCGCCCGCCCCGAGGACUUUGCCGAGAUUGCCCGCGUCAACCACGCCCACUCGCCCAAGAACCCCUACUCGCAGUUCACAGACGUCUACUCGCUCGAGCAGAUUAUGAAGGCUCCCGCCAUCCACGGGCCCCUGACCAAGCUGCAGUGCUGCCCGACCUCGGACGGCGGCGCGGCGGCCAUUGUCGUCUCCCAGGAGUUCCUCGACGCCCGCCCCCACCUCAAGGAGCAGGCCGUCGAGAUUGCCGGCCAGUGCCUGGCCACCGACGCCCCCUCGCUCUUCUCCAAGUCGUCCAUCGACCUCAUGGGCUACGAGAUGACCCAGCACGCCAUGCGCACCGCCACCCGGGAGGCGGGCGUCUCGCCCCGCGACUGCCAGGUCGUCGAGCUGCACGACUGCUUCAGCGCCAACGAGAUGGUCGUCAUCGACGCCCUCGAGCUCUGCGACAAGGGCAAGGCCCACGAGCUCGUCCGGCGCGGCGACAUUACCUACGGCGGCAAGUACGUCAUCAACCCCUCGGGCGGCCUCAUCUCAAAGGGCCACCCCCUCGGUGCGACGGGCAUCGCCCAGUGCGCCGAGCUGGUCUGGCACCUGCGCGGCUGGGCCAACAACCGCAAGGUCCCCCGCACCAAGCACUGCCUGCAGCACAACCUCGGCCUCGGCGGCGCCGCCGUCGUCACCGUGUACCGCCGCGCCGACGGGCAGGAGGCCCCCGAGAUGGACUCGGCGACCGUGGGCCGGAAGAAUGGGCUUGGGUACAACCCGGCCGUUGAGGCCAAGGGCUUCACCCAGGCGCAGGCCACGUCGGUGCGGAGUCGGGCCAAGGCGAACGACUGGGCGCUGCAGGACACGGAGAAGAAGGUCGAGGCGAGGUUCUAGUGUCUGGGCUUCUAGGAAUUGAUUAGUGAAAGAGGUGUAGUACAUGUACGUAGCAGCAAGCAAGCAAUGAGACACUUUUCCACGCGAGUUCGGGACGUUGGUUGAACCUGGUUGUCUUAGGCUGGUACACUCGAUGGACGCGUUUUCGUACUACCAGUCUGCCUGACGCGUCUUGAUGCGCUGCGUCCAGUUCAUCUGAGUGGCGUGGGGAUGGUAGAUGUAAUAGAGUGUACAAU